UUUUGUCUACAUAUUUUUACACGUUAGGGAUUGUCAAUAAAGGCAGGUUGAAAUAUUUAUUUCUAGUAUUGCAAAUUUCUAUUUUAAUGCAGAAAUGAUUACGCAUGUGGUGUAAGUAAUAUUCUUACUUUUAUAGACAAACCGCAGAUCAAUGAAAUCAUCUUCCGAGUUGUCUAUUAGCAAGCUAUAGUCAGAGAGCGAUCCAGUUUAUAAUAAAACAAGAUGACUCACUGAUAGAGGAAAGUGUGACAGUUCCUAAGAAAUGGACUGGUAAUUAACAGCUGAUUAAAACCGUAUUAUAUGGAUGGUUGAAUCUUGAGUGUACUGCAUAUCCUUACACAGUAAGUUAUAGGUGUAAACUUGACAUGCUAGGGACUUAUUAUAUGCAUCUAGUUUACACGAAAAUAUAAUAAUCACAAUGACGAGCACGUGAUUGGAAUCGUUAUGUAUUACAGAUGUGUAUACAAGUGCCAGAUUGAUGGUACGUGGAGAAAGUAUGGACGAUCGUAUACCCCUCAGAAAAGUCGACAAUAGAGAAAAAGUGCAUCUACGAAAAAUGGUCCGAAGUCUUGUUACUAAUUUAGAAAGCUUUCAAGACGAAGUGCUUGUUGUUUUAGACGACAUGAGGGACCUUGUAGGUCAGAUCGAUGCUGUUUCGAAUAAACUUGAUAAAACUUUGGGGGAAAGAUUGCAGAAAGAUCAUAACGCCUUUCCGAAGUCAAGGUCAUUGACAAAAAAUAAUAACAAUGAAACACACCAUUACGUAAAUGUUGACCUCAUACCAAAAAUAAAACACAUCGAAGAAAAAAUCAACUCAAAAAUAUGUUCAAAUCAAUUUAAUUGUGACGAUCAGUGUAUAAAACAUUAUGAAGUUACAAAAUCCACUGAAAAAGAAGCUACUACUAAACCUUAUAGACCUAAUAGUUUCAUUAAAGACAUACCGAUAGAGAACCAAGUGAAAAUUGAAGACAAUGUACUUAAUGGCAUCAAACAAGACCAAGUUUUAGAUUCUUUAGAAUCACCUAUGCUUGAUUUUUCUUAUUUAGGUAUGAAUCAAACCGACAACAGACCGAAAUGGGGGAGAUCUAUAUCCCUACCAGUAAAUAUUAAGUCGCGAUCAGUAUCUCCAUUAAGGUUCCCCAGUAAUAAUGACAGCAACAAAAGCGAUCGAAUUCAAAGUGAUAUUUUAACUCCUACAGCGGUGUGUUAUGCAGAACUUAAAAAGCCGAACAUUAUUACAAGAAGUAUUUCGUCAAGUAUCUCCGAAGACGUUUUUCAUGACUUAAAUACAUCUACUCUAGAUACUGGUACUACGGUGAAAUCCAAUAAUUCGUCUUCAAUGAUCUCUUCAAAUAUAUCGAUUGAUGGUGAUCUUUACGAACGAAGACUAGACGAUGAGUUGGAAAACAUCCUUGAUGCCUCGGAUGAUUCACUUAUGAUCGAAUCAUCGGAUGUAAGUAUGGAAACGAGUAGUAACUCUCAUACAGACACCUAUUCUGACAAUGGGCAGUAUGAAAUAAAUACUUGGACUUCGUUUACAUUAAGUCAUCAAACGGAAUCUACGAGGAGUUCCGAGAGUUUUGUCUCUGACACACCGUCGGAUAUAAUCAAUGAUAAUGUAUGGCCAUCUCCAAACGUUGGUAACAUAUUUUCAAACAGUAUGUUAGUUCGAAAACUAAGUAAGCAUUUAGAUAAUGAUGAAAUUCAUUCUUUGAAUCAGGAUAUGAAGAAGUGAGCGACAUCUAUUUGAAUCAAAAUAUUAAUAUUUGUAGUUUAUUAAAACUCUAGUCAAAACACAGAAUAACAUAUUAUAUAUGUUGAAUGUUUUCUUCGGUCCUAGCUGUACCACUCAGACCAGUGCACACAGAAGUUUGAUUCAAUAAAAUUCCAAAGGGAAUAUAG